AGGCACAGCCACUGCCACAGCCACAGGCUGGUGCACAGCAAACGAACACGAACACAACUUACGAGUAUCCUGCAUAGGCUGCAUACCUUUUGUUUUGUAUCCAAAUCUUCUCUUCCUCUCCAAAACGCAAACUAAAAUCUAACACCCGAAAUGGCGGCUUACCUGAAUCGCACCAUCUCGCUGGUGACUGGCCAAACGGGGCCCAACGGCAACACGGACGCCGACGAUCAUCACUCCUCCUCGUCCACGGACACCGUUGACAAAUCUGUGGGCGCUCUCUCCCGUCACAACUCCACACUGCAAACCUCUGGCUCAAAUGCAUCGAUGAAUUAUGCCCUAAACACCACCGGCGGCGUCGCCUCCGAUACGCGGCUGUAUCAAUCGAACGACAAAUCGCCACUUCAGAUCUUUGUGCGGGCCAAAAAGAAGAUCAACGACAUCUACGGAGAGAUCGAGGAGUAUGUGCACGAGACAACGACCUUUAUAAACGCUUUGCAUGCCGAAGCCGAGAUCGUGGACAAGGCCGAGCGGGAGCUGUUCGAGAGCUAUGUGUACAAGGUGGCGGCCAUUCGGGAGGUGCUGCAGCGCGAUCACAUGAAGGUGGCCUUCUUUGGGCGCACCUCGAACGGCAAGAGCUCGGUGAUCAAUGCCAUGCUGCGGGAGAAGAUUCUGCCCAGCGGCAUUGGCCACACCACCAACUGUUUCUGCCAGGUGGAGGGCAACGAUGGCGGCGAGGCAUAUCUGAUGACCGAGGGCUCCGCGGAGAAGCUCAAUGUGGUGAACAUCAAACAACUGGCGAAUGCCCUGUGCCAGGAGAAGCUCUGCGAGAGCAGUCUCGUGCGCAUAUUCUGGCCACGCGAACGCUGCAGCCUGCUGCGCGAUGAUGUCGUUUUUGUGGACUCGCCCGGCGUCGAUGUGUCGGCGAAUCUGGACGAUUGGAUUGACAAUCAUUGCCUCAAUGCGGACGUCUUUGUGCUGGUCCUCAAUGCCGAGUCCACAAUGACGCGUGCCGAGAAGCAGUUCUUUCACACCGUCUCACAGAAGCUCUCCAAGCCGAAUAUCUUUAUACUGAACAAUCGCUGGGAUGCCUCCGCCAAUGAGCCCGAGUGCCAAGAGUCGGAUCUGGCCAAGGUUAAAUCACAGCACACAGAGCGCUGCAUCGAUUUUCUCACCAAGGAGCUGAAAGUGAGCAACGAGAAGGAGGCCGCCGAGCGAGUGUUCUUCGUUUCGGCGCGCGAAACGCUGCAGGCGCGCAUCGAGGAGGCCAAGGGCAAUCCGCCGCACAUGGGCGCCAUCGCUGAGGGCUUUCAGAUACGCUACUUUGAGUUCCAGGACUUCGAGCGCAAGUUCGAGGAGUGCAUCUCGCAGAGUGCCGUCAAGACAAAGUUCCAGCAGCACAGUUCGCGCGGCAAGAGCGUCUCGGGGGACAUGCGCUCGAUGCUGGACAACAUUUACGAGCGCAUUACGAUCUUUCGCAAUCUGAAGCAGGACCAGAAGAACCUGCUGACGGACCGCAUCCAGGGCACCGAGACCCAGAUGAUGCAGGUGACGCGCGACAUGAAGCAGAAGAUUCACACCAUGGUCGAGGAGGUUGAGGAGAAGGUCUCGAAGGCCCUCAACGAGGAGAUCUGGCGCUUGGGCGUACUCAUCGAUGAGUUCAAUAUGCCCUUCCAUCCCGAGCGGCUGGUGCUCAACAUCUACAAGAAGGAGCUGAAUGCCCAUGUGGAGAGCGGCCUCGGCAGCAACCUGCGUGCCCGCCUCUCCAUCGCCCUGGCCAUGAACGUGGAGUCCGCCCAGGCGGACAUGACCGAUCGCAUGCACGCGCUGGUGCCCAACGAGCAGCUGAUUGUCAGCAGCACCAAGAUGGCCCUGCGCAGUCAGCCCUUCGAGAUGCUCUACUCGCUCAACUGUCAGAAUCUGUGCGCCGACUUCCAGGAGGAUCUGGAGUUCAAGUUCAGUUGGGGCAUCACGGCCAUGAUCCAACGCUUCACCGGCAAGGUGCGGGAGCGCAGCAAAAAGAAUCAGCCAGCGUUGGCCCACCGUCAGACGAGUGUUGGGCAGCAGCAGCAGCAUGGCGUUGUGUCGCCCGUUAGCUCACAGAUGGAUGAUGCCACACCGGUGUGCCUGUUGCCAUCGCCGGGCUUGGUGGCGGGCAUAACGCCCGAGCAGCUGUCGCUGAUCUCACGAUUUGCCAUCACAUCUGUCGGCGGGCAGGGCACAAUGGGCGGCCUAUUGGUGGCCGGAAUUAUGCUGAAGACGAUCGGUUGGCGUGUCCUUGUCGGCGUGGGUGCUCUCUAUGGCUGCAUCUACCUGUACGAGCGCCUCUCGUGGACUAACUCCGCCAAGGAGCGCACCUUCAAGAGCCAGUACGUGCAGCAUGCCACCAAGAAGCUCAAGAUGAUUGUCGAUCUAACGUCGGCCAAUUGCAGUCACCAGGUGCAGCAGGAAUUGUCCAGCACAUUUGCACGGCUCUGCCGCACUGUGGACACAGCCACCACCGACAUGAAUGAGGAGCUCAAGACGCUUGAGGUGCAGCUGAAUUUGCUCGAGUCCAAUCAGAAGCAGCUCAAGCUGCUGCGCAACAAGGCCAACUACAUACAGAACGAGUUGGACAUUUUCGAGCAUAAUUAUAUAACAACGCAGUAGAGCAGAUGCCAGAUGGGGAUGUGAAAGGAUCAAGGAUCAAGCACAUCCCAGAGAUUUACACACACACACACAAACACACUCACACACACGACCAUAGCGACAACAAUUGGCCAGCAACAAUUGGCUUUCCAUUUUAUUUUUUGUUUGCCUUUUUGCAAAAAUUCUCAAAAUUUUUUGUAUUAUUUCGGUUAAAUUUUUUUGAAAAAAAGAACAGAAUGCAUGCUGAGAGAGAGAGAGAGAGCUCUUUUAUGCUCGGAUCGGAACGGAUUGGAUCGGUUCUGAAUUGUUGUUGUUGUUGCUUGCAAGAAUUCAUUUUAAUUCCUAACUCUUAUACAC